UCGCUCUGGAUAAGAGCGUCUGCUAAAUGACUAAAAAUGUUUUUUUUUUAAACAUGCAGCUGUUGGAGAAUACAUGAGGGUUUGCAUGCAGUCAAAACGCUAAGGAGCCUAAACGUGAUAAGUUUCAGUCUAGACAUCCUCCGUCUAGACAUAUGAGGCUCCAUGUGCAGCUGCAAAACAACAUCAAGAAGAUACCCAUUGACCUUUAAAGUUUAAACCCUCAUGGCCUUACUGAGCACUCCAUUCAUAUAGCUAACAUAUUUACACAUUUGCUGUAAUAAUCAGGAAUUCCAUCCCCAAUGCACAGUUGAAGCAUUUCCUACACAAGUUUGGCUUUAAAUGCAUACGACUGUAGGUUAUUGUUCAUAUAACUUAGAAAACAAUUCAUUAAGGAAAACAAUGUGAAUUGACAACAGGGACCACUCAAAUCAGAUUUUACCUGUGAUUUACCAAAACCCUAUAAAGCGACACAAUAUUGGUAUAAUAAAAUAAAAUUGUCCUACAGAUAUAAAUAUACAAAUCUGCAUAGACGCUUCCUUGUUUGGUGUACAAUGUAAAAAAUCUGUGUUCAAACACUGCAGAACUAUAAUGCGGAAAGAGGGAUUACGGCACAUCAACGUCAAACAGAAUAACCGUUAAACCUUUCAUUCUCUCUGACAGACAGCUCAACAUCUACUCAUGUGUUGCACUUGAAAAAGUUCAUGUCAAAACAAUAACAAACUGCACGUGGCAAUGUUUACCACCUGGCUGGGGCCAGUCCCUUGGGACAGACAACACACUUCGCAAAUGCCGCCCCUUUUCGACCAGACAGACAAGCUACAUUGUUAAAAUGUUUGGCCCGGGCCACUAGGCUACUAUAAAUUGCUGGAAUGCAUCCAGGCCACAGACAUUAUUGAUGUGGAGUUCCAGACGCCUGUACAUGAUUUUCGCGAAGAUUACAAUGCAAAGAAACCUCAUCGCUGAGGAGAGCAGCCUCGCCCCGCCCCCGACCCAUUAUUUCGACAUGUGGCAUGACUACAUGAACCUAGGGAGGCUGCUGGAGAAACUGUGUGACGUCGCAGAUCGGACAGAGACCUCCUAUACCCAGCUGAAGGAGCAAGUACCGGACGCCGAGGACCAGACCGGUCGCCAGGAGCAACCGUGGUUUCGUCUGAACUCGAUCGGGACUGAGAGCCUGAGUUCUGCAAGCAGCAUUUCAGACAACACGAGCCACAGCAUGGCUUCCGGCGAUUACUGCGGCUUCUGCAAGCAAAAUGGAGAAACGGCAGAGAUCUACCGGAGCCACAAACUGAAAUCCAAAGACGGCAAAGUCAUCUGCCCCAUUCUGAGGACCUACAUUUGUCCUAUGUGUGCCGCCACCGGAGACAAAGCUCACACGCGCCGAUACUGCCCACAGCGCAACGAAGUAGUGCCGAAAUACCGGUGGGCUGUGGAGUAGAAAAUAGUUAAAUCAAUCUGUAAAUAUGUAUGUAGAAAAUAUAUCCAACGUUCUUGUUCACUGUUAGGUAGGCCUAUUUUUACCAUAUUUUGUUACGCAAAGUGGCCAAUGCGCCUUUGACAUGUUCUGUUAUAAAAAAUAAAUAAACCUAUUUUCGUACAUGAAA